CCUUUUGAUUCAUCUCAUUACCCCAAAUCUCUGUUCUUGAAUUCAAAAUAAAAACACACAAGAUGUUGGGUGAUUUCCUGGCUCGAUCCCUUCUACUGCUGUUUGGGUAUGCAUAUCCAGCGUUUCAGUGCUACAAAGCGGUGGUGAUGGCCCCAAUUCAAGUCGAGCAGCUUCGAUAUUGGUGUAAAUUUUGGAUCGUUGUGGCUAUUCUAACAGUUGUUGAGAGGAUUGCCGAUGCUUUUGUGGGAUGGCUCCCCAUGUAUGGAGAAUUGAAGCUGGCUCUGUUUAUCUACCUGUGGUAUCCAAAGACUAUGGGAUCUGGGUAUGUGUUCGACACGUUGUUGAGGCCUUUGGUUGAUAAAAAUGACAAGGAUAUUGAAAAGAUGCUGCUGGAUUUGAGAAUAAAGGCCUGGGAUUUGGCCAUUUUCUACUGGAACAAUUGCACCGAGUUGAGCCAAUCUGCAUUGCUCCGAGUUGUGAACUACAUGGCUUCUCGCCGUAAGCCCUUAGCUCCCACGCCUUCUUCCAAGAAGCUGAAGUGAACUCCAAGUGUUGCACUUUCUACUUUCUCGUUCGUAUUUAUAAAUCAAAAUAACAAUCUCUCGAAUCAUUAACUGGAAAUGAAAAUCGGGAUUUUUUUUUUCAAAUUAUUUUAACUCUAAGCUAUAUAAAGUCUUUAUUUA